AUGAAGUGCACUGCUUUGUUAGUUGCUAGCUUGGCCGGUCUAGCUGUUGCGAGGCCCGCUGCUGAGUGUCAAAUCAAUCGACAAACUCUCAAGCCGUCUUCAACCGCAGCUACCACUGCGACGGUAGGGUCUGCGAGCCCUCUAGCAACGGAAACGUCGAAAUCAUCCCCAGUGAAGCAGAAUGCAUGUGAUUGCUCUAAGCCUCAUGUUGACGUCGGCGCCGCAACACGUGCAAGUUGCCCUAAUGGCUAUGAGAACGUCUCACCAGCUUGGAUUCUCCACUGCGUUCAAAUCGAUUGCUCUACUCGUGAUUACGAAGCAAAAUGCAGCAGCAACAAGCUUGCAACUCCUGAAAGCCACCGCCAGCCAACCAAGCCAGCCCCCGCCAAUUCUGAUAGCGGUUCUCUGAAACCCUUCAAGGAGCCCGCAUCUCCUUAUAAUGUCGAUCUCUGCGGGCUCUUGUGGGCGAUUGGAGAAAAUAAGAAAAAGAAGUCUGAAGAGUGCAUCGGUACGGAGAGGUUUUGCAGGGAGGCUCUCUAUAAAGAUACGGAAGAGACGUUCGCUAGCCCUGAGGAUUGCCUUGCUAGUCGACAGCCUAAGAAGACGGCCGAAACUGAGGAGCUACCAAAGGACGAGGCCCCAGAGUUGCAAGAAGAUGCGGGGACUUGUUUCGAUGCUUUAGAUAAAGUAUUCGUGCAAUGCCGGGAGCGCAAGCAGGACGACUGCCGGAAAGGCAAGGCCGACGAGCAGCAGUGCAAAUCAGAGGCCGACGAGCAGUGCCUUGAAGAGACGCAAGCCGAAGCAGACAGAUGCAAGACACUGCCGGACUCUGCCCCGGGAAAGGAGCGAGAUCCUGCGAAUAAUCAAUAA